AUGGAGGUUUUAGAGAGCCUUGCACCAGUUCCUAGCGAGGAGGUAGUAGCUAUCAGACCCAAAGGAGAGGGAAUAGAGAGAUUUAGGCGAAGAGUGGAGCCUGCCAGCGGAAUCUCAUCUCUUUCAGAGCUUCCAGAUCUCCCAGCACCCCAAGAAAAUAAUUCCAUCUUCAGUCAUCGAUCAUUUUCUGACAGCGGAGCUACUCCUUCUUCUGGAGAAGGCGAGUGGGACAGCGGACACGCUGCGUCAUCAAAAACAAAGAAAAGCGAAAUAGCCGGAGAGGAUGCUUCUGGUUCUGGAGAGGGGUCUGGGAUAUUAGAGCACGAGCCUACUGAACAAGAAAAACCAGUUGUGGUGACACCAGCUACACUCACGUCGGACGACGAAGGUAGCUCGGUGGCUCCAUCUAGUUUGGCUGGCGCUGCAACAGCACAGCCCCCUCCGGUCGCCACAUCACACAAUGGCGAGAAUAAGCCUUCCAACGCCGUUGCUGGUGCCGUAUCCUUUAAUGCAGUAGAGCCUGAAGAAACUGGAUCAGCUCAGCUGCGGUCAGUCUCGAACAUGAGUGCUCUAACCCAAACCAAAAAUAUAAUCAAAGAGUCGCCUGCUGCUCAACUUCCUAAAGAGGAAGUUCAGCAAACGGCUACCACUAACAAAGAUGCACCUGAAUCCAGCGGAGUGGAAGAAGCAGCUCAUUUUGUUCCAUCUGCCGUUACCAAACAGGCUCAUACAGCAUCUGGAUCAGGGGAGUCAAGUGGAAGUGGGUUAAGUGCUGAUGAGCUUGCUUUCAUUGCUGGUCUUAAGAAAGCAAAGGGGCAACAGAGCACUCCGCUUCAGACACCACAGAGAGCUAAGCUACCAGGUAGUGUGGGAAGCGAUGAAGAUGACGAUGACAAUGAUAAUGCCGAUGAGAGUGGAGAUGCAAGUGCAGAGCAAUCAGAUUCAAGUGCUAGCGGAGCACAGGAAGAUGAAACGACAUCUUCUCAAUCUGAUGAUGAUCAAAACGAAGAAGCUCAACAGAGAUCAAAAACGAGCCAAAGACUCGGAGAGAACGCCUCAGAAGAUGACGAUGACGAUGACGAUGACGAUGACGAUGACGUCUCAGCCGAUGGUUCUGGAUCAGCCUCUGGCGACGAUGAAGAUUAUGACGAUGAAGACGACUCUGGGGAGUCAAGUGCUGACAAAUCAGAGAGAAGAGAUACCAUUGUUGAUGUUGCUAGUGGAUCUGGAGUUGAUUUUCUUUCAGGAGUGGGUGACUCUGAUAGCGAAGAUGAUUCUUCAGAGAGCUCCGGAGAAGAUGACGAGCCUGAAGAUGACUUGCCAGGCAGUAUAGGUGAAGUGAACGACAUUGCAAAAUUAGAGCAGAAGCCUGUCCAGGCCGAGACUGCGCCUGGGUUUGCAUUUGCGUCUGCAUCAGGUGUGCCUCCCAGUAGUCACGAGCUUGCCCCCGCCUCUGGCUCCGGUUUACCCGAUGUACGUAAACAGUCUGUCAAAAAGCCUAUGCUAGACCAAACAUCACCAAAGGCUUCUAUUCCAUCAUCAGGAUCAGGGGAAGAAGAGCUACCAGGAAGUGUUGGUGGUAUUUCUGACAUUGGUCAAGUUGAAUCAGCAACUCAUACAGAGACAAGCUCUGCUGCCUCAGGCUCAGGUGACUUUAAGACAACAUCUCAAUAUAAACAAGACGAAUCACUUCUGCAACAAGUUUUGCAAAGCGAAUCUUCAGGUUCUGGUGAGUCAGAAAAGCAAGAUGAGAGUCUUCCAGGAAGCGUGGGUGGACAAAUUAACUUGGAAGAAACAACAAGUGCUUCGGGAUCUAAAGCCGAACCUCUCGCAAUCGUCAGUCCUGACUUUGGAACAGGUUCAGGCGAAAGUCCAAAGCUUCGCUCUUGGGAACCUGUUGUCUCCCAUCCCCAAGAGUCUCUCAAUUCUGGAUCAGGAAGCGAUGAGAAGUUUAGUGGCUCUGGAAUUGCCGACAACCUGGAAUCUUUGGCGUCAUCUUCAGAGGACGAGACUCUUCCAGGAAGUGUUGGAGCUGUCGGUCCCAAUCUUAUGACUAUGGCAUCUCCAGAAAAUAAGCCGGGUUCUGGGAUGGCAGACCAGUCUGGUUCUGGCUCUGGAGUUGGAGGAUCAGGGUUGCAAGAGGAGGUUAACUUGAUGAGAGCAUUUAAGUUUGGCGAUGGUUCUGGAUCAGGACUGGAGCAAGUAGAUAACAACGAGACCCACGUUGCGAAUGAGAUAGAUUCAGUCAACAUAACUAAACCAUUACCGGCUUUCGGAGAUGGAAGUAACGUAACGCAGUCGGAAAAUUCGACUAUCAUUGCACAGACUAAGGAAAACAGCGCUGUGAAGAAUAAUGAAAGCAGUGGAGAAUUUGGACUUUUACAAUCCCUUCAACCCUUUGGGGGAUCUGGAACUGCAGAAGAGCCAUUACCGGGUGGAUUUGGCAAUGGGGACAGUACUGACAUUCAGUCGCUGGCUGGUUCUGGAGGAGAAGAUGCUUCUGGCGUUACCUUAAGCUCCGGCUCCUUUGGCUCCUUUAUGGAUGAAGGCAUCUCUGGAUCAGGAUCAGGAGUAGCAAACUCGGACGUGAUAUCUGAAGUAUCAGAAGGUAGUAGUAGUGGAAGUGGUAAAUUUUGGUCUGACUCAGAGGAGUUGCAAUCCCUUUCGAAAAAAGAUUAUGCCCCUACAGCCUCAGCCUUAGCAUCAGCAUCUGCUAGUGCUACGCAAGACAGUGGAUCAAGCUCUGGCUCAGGCAACUCUCCGUUACCAGUCGCCAAGCACAACUACUCACCAACGAUAAAGAGAGUUGGGACAGGUAUCUCGUUCACCCCUAUGGCCGCAUCGGCGUCAGGCUCUUCUUCAUCUGGCCAAUCAGAUUCUAGCGCAAGCGCACUUCCGGGUAGCGUUGGUGUCGAGGAGUCCUUUUCCUCUUCUGGAUCUGCAGUCUUUGAUACCUCCGGGUCAGGAUUUAUCCCGAUCGGUGACAUUCCUCAAGAGGAUCUGCUAAACACCGAGGUUGAGACAUCUGCUUCCGGUUCUGAUGAAAUCAACGUCGUUGAGUCCGGUGCAGGCGAAGGGUCUGGUGCGCACUCAAAUAAGGAUGAAGAGGUGGAAGAAACAGCCUUACGCUCGCACACUGAUAACCUGAAACCCAUAUCUUUCAACCUAGACUCAGCUGGACUUCAAGCGGAUGUUCAAGCAGCUCUAGGCAAGACGCCUAUUAAUUUAGGUGUCGGAUCAGGCAGUACAUAUGGCUUAGGUUCUGGUGGAGGGAUCGAUUACGGAUCCACCUCAGACUUCUUAUCAGGCUCAGGUGGCAGCGGUACGUUAGAGCUAACCCCAGCAACCACCCCAUCAGAUGCGAUUGUAAACCUGUUUGGUAAUACGUUUGGCUCUGCUGGGAAAGAAAACUCAAGGAGUUCUAAUAAUAGUGUGGCUUCGAGCGACGAAGGAUCAUCAUUUAAACAUCAAAAGCAAGGAAAGAACAGGCAUCAAAUACCUGUAAGUGGAAAUGAUGAGACUGCCUUCUCCGACGAUGAAGAACAGGUUAGAUUUUGUUUCAGCAGAGAUAUAUCAUACUAAUCCAGUUCGAUGCCUGUAGUAUAUUCUGAUGGGGCGCGUUAAUGAUAAGCGUAGUCACUGAGAUGUUUCUCAUUCAAAUAAAUAUCACUCUAUCUAGAGGGAUAUAUUAUCCAACUUAAAGUUCGUAAUGUACGUAAACCAAUAUGCAGCUACUUUCUCUUAGAAACCCACAAAAUGAUAGCAUGGUUGCUGUCAUGGUGGUAUAACGUAAAGCUUUUGGAGUAGUUUUGAGCACAUUUCGCAACAGUGAACCGUCGAAGUUUGGCUUUGGAAUAACACCUGUAAUUUGACCUUGGUUUAUAGUGCUUUUAUUCCUCAAAGUUCAGUGAAGUCGAGAUUCAUUCACUUAAUGUAAAAUUUCAGCUUGCCGAAUGCUCACUAUUUUAGAGCCAACAGCUCCAACUUUAUUCCGCUUUGAUUUAAGUUCACAUUCAAGGAUUGGUUAAGCUCUUUAUCAACCUAUGCAACGAGUGCUUCUUCGACUGCGUUGUUUGCUCUCUGUCUCAUCAAUUUUUGCUCAAGUCCUCGAAAACAUUUAGCUAUUUCAGAAAAGCAGAUAUAAGGAGAUACUUAACUAUGUUUGCCUCUAUUUUUUUUCAGGUGGAAUUUGAUCUUCCCAAGCCUGGAGACACAGUUGACCAACAACUGCUGGACCGAUUUAUGAUCAGUCAAAUCUUAGAGCAAAAUCUCACAUUGUUUUACGGAGGCCUUUCUGGUCGCCCUGGCAAACAAGGUCCUGUUGGCCCCCCUGGAGCAACCGGAAUGAGGGGUAUGACUGGAGCUAUGGGCCCAUCAGGUCCAAUUGGUGACGUAGGAUCCCCUGGUGCUGAUGGUGAGUCCGGUCCGAUAGGUCCUCCGGGACUCCCUGGGAUGCCUGGCUUCAAGGGAGAGAAAGGACCACCAGGUCUCAUGGGAUUAGCUGGGGAGCCAGGUGCACCUGGAAUUCCGGGACCUUUAGGAAACGUUGGCCCUGCUGGUCCAGAAGCUGUAAUGCCGGUUAGUAAUCGAUCUGAGCUUAUCUCACAAUCCUUAGAGAGUAAUUUACUAGCUUUGAAACAUCAAAAAACACUAAGUAGGGACAAAUCUUGAUAAAAAUGGAAAUUUGUAGGCUUUGACCCGUCAGAGCCCCUAACAUAAAGGUUCUAAGGCAGAAAAUUCUAAAAUCAUUACGCCCCCACUUGCUCAAUGCUGAUUGAGACAAGUGCCAGAACAUAAUUUAAAAAAUCCUACAGUUUUUUAGAACUAUUAAACCAUUUCCUUUUUCCCCAUACCCGUGCGUUUAAGAUAUUUUACUCUUACGAGAAACGGCUCAGCUAUUUGUCAUUGUUAAGAACAGUUUAACGGGUAAACAUUUUUUUUGUUUGUUUUUUUAAUACACGAAACUGGCGCAGGCGGCAUCAUGAAUAAAAACGUCAGACCUCUCAGUUUCUACUAAUUAUAUAACACUCUAAAGAACACAAACUCAUACAUCCAUGCCCAAUUUUAAAGCAUUUUAUCUUAUGAUUGAAUUCGAAACAAUAAAACACUAAUCUUAUUUUCCUUUCAUAAAAGUUGUGCGGACGUUUAAGCCCUCACCUUUACAAAACAUCCCUCGAAAGAAAAGUUCUUAGCUUCAGAUAUUAUCGUUAUCGUAUCAUACACGUACGUCGUUUAUGUUUACGUCAUUUUCUUUAUGCGUUCUCAGAACUGUUCUUACAUUUGCGAGGGAGAGAAGACUUGGCUUCAGUGUAAGCAGUACGAGACCAUCAAAAUAAACCGUGCGUUCUGGGGACGAGAAGAAAACGAGUUCUGUCCUAAAGCCCCAGUUGGUCUUGUCACAGACAAGAUUUGCGAGACAGAUGCAGAUAACACAUUUAAGAAAGUCGAGAGCCAGUGUAGGAACAAUCAAGCGUGUGAGAUUGUAGCUUCAAACACGUUCUUCGAUGAUCCAACGUGUAAGAAUACGUUCAAAUAUUUAAAGCUCUGUUACGAGUGUAUUCCGGAUGAGGUACACACCACAGACGUGUUGCUUGACUUGGGAAAAAGACGAAAGAGAGGAACUCGUCUGGAGGACGUUCUAAGAAAGCGGAGAGAAAAGUCUGAAAGGGAGAAACUGUUAAAAGACCUUUGGAAGCAUCCAUAUCAUGCCAGAGUCGUGUGAUUGGCUUUCUUCCGAUCUGUGCAUGUAUAUCUAGAUCUUAGGUAUUUUGUAAAUAGCUUAUUGUCGUCUUCCUUCGAAAGAUAAGGUAAAAGUGGGCCACUGAGAUAAAGGGGCUGGCUGAAUCGAACCUCCUCUGGAAUACUGUUAUGGAUCUGUUAAUUUUGGGGACUCGUUUAAAACAAGAAGAUGAUUAAUCAUUCAUAUGGUCUUAAAAAAUCAUCCGUGAUAAGACCUCGAAUAAGUAUGAAUCUCUUCAAAGAAAUUAACUGAAUUUUGCUUGUUUACAACAUAAUCAAGUUUUAUGUAGGCAAGAAUAGUGACGAAGAGUUGAAAACUACGUGAGUUGGUCAAUAUGGCGACUUUAGAAUAGUACUUAUGCUCUUGAGUUGCAAAAAAGACGACGUUUCUAUGCAAGAAAAGAGAGAGGUUUGUAUUUCGGAUUCCUUUGGCGCUCUUUGAACCCAAUCAAUAGUUUCUUUUUCAGGAAAGAGCUGACUAGAUAUAUUUUCAUGCCUGCGUACAAUUGUAACAUGAAAUGCCUCGAGUUCUGAUUAAAAAAAUUUCUUUGGCAGGAGAUAAAUGCAACAUCUCGCUGGAAAAGCAAUAGAAGAUUAGGUUUGAAUGAUAAUGAGUCUCGAAACCUUUCGAUCCAAUCAAAAGUUAUUCACUGUACAUGUGUUUACACCGUUUUCCUCUAUGGGAAAAUGCACGAAAUGAAUUCUGUCUGUAAAAUAGGUUUGAUUAUUUUAUAUUGAACAUAAAGCUAAAGAUUGUAUAAUAAUGAAGAUAUGGCACCCUUUCGGUAAUCGUGAAACAGGAGUUAUGCCCACAGCUGAUGAAUUUUACCCAAAGUCACACUGACUGAUAUGUUAAAUCAAAUGUAUCUCGUCGUUUCAUUAGAGGGGAAUUCUAGGCGAAUAGGGAGUUUCUGAG